UCUCCACUCCCGCCUCUCUUUCAAUUUCGUUCACUGAAGAGUGAGAGUUGAAUUGAACCCUAGCUAGCUAGCUAGCGGAAUCGAGAAUGAGGGACGAAGAGAUCGAGAAGCUCCGAGGAGUAGUUCGCGACUGCGUUAGCAAACACCUCUACUCCUCCGCCAUCUUCUUCGCCGAUAAGGUCGCCGCAUUCACCAACGACCCCGCCGAUAUCUACAUGCAAGCCCAAGCUCUCUUCCUUGGCCGCCACUACCGCCGCGCCUUCCACCUCCUCAACGCCUCCAAGAUCGUCCUCCGUGACCUCCGCUUCCGCUACCUCGCCGCCAAAUGCCUCGAGGAAUUGAAGGAGUGGGAUCAAUGCCUUUCAAUGCUGGGCGAGGCAGCUAAAGUGGAUGAGGAUGGAAAUGUUUCCGACACGAAAGACUCAAAUGUCAUGUACUUGGAUAAAGAUGGCGAAGAUCGCGAAAUCAAUAUAUCUUCUGCAAUAUGCUUCUUAAGAGGCAAAGCUUAUGAAGCUCUAGAAAACCGUGCUCAGGCUCGAUUGUGGUACAAAGCUGCUAUAAAAGCAGAUCCUUUAUGCUAUGAGGCUUUGGAAUGUCUUAUUGAAAACCACAUGCUUACAUGCGAGGAAGAAGCCAAUUUGAUCUCAUCAUUGCAAUUUGGUAGUGAGGAUGGAUGGCUUUCAUCAUUUUAUUCUUGUUUGGUAAAGAAGCAUGACAAAGAAAAUGUUGUUGAAGCCAAGUUCAGAGAUCUUGAAAACAAAAGCUGUAUAAGUGACCAGUCUGAUCCUUGUUUUUUGCGCACACUGAAAUCCAAUACUGAUCUGUUGGCCUGCAAAGCUGAAUACUAUCAUCAAUGUGGUGAAUAUCAGAAAUGUUUUGAGUUAACAUCUGUUUUGCUUGAGAAGGAUCCAUUUCAUCUCAAGAGUACCUUAAUACAUCUAGCUGCUGCUAUGGAGCUGGGGAAUUCAAAUGAGCUCUAUCUGUUGUCAUGUCAUUUGGUGAAGGAUUAUCCUCAAAAGGCUUUAUCAUGGUUUGCUGUUGGUUGCUAUUAUUAUUGUAUCAAGAAGUAUGAUCAGUCCCGCCGUUACUUCGGCAAAGCAACUAGUCUAGAGGGGACAUUUGCCCCUGGGUGGAUAGGCUUGGGGAAUGCCUUUGCUGCUCAAGAAGAGGGUGAUCAGGCUAUGUCAGCGUACCGUACUGCUGCUCGAUUAUUUCCUGGGUGCCAUUUACCAACUCUUUAUAUUGGAAUGGAGUGCAUGCGGACUCACAGCUAUAAGCUUGCUGAGCAGUUUUUUAUGCAGGCUAAGUCGAUUUGCGCCUCAGAACCACUUGUGUGUAAUGAACUUGGAGUUGUUGCCUAUCAUAUGAAAGAGUAUAAUAAAGCGGUAUGGUGGUUCGAGAAAACAUUAGCCCUGAUUCCAACUUCUUUAUGUGAGAUGUGGGAGCCUACUGUAGUCAAUCUUGCUCAUGCAUACAGAAAGUUGAAGAUGUACCGAGAAGCAAUAUCAUAUUAUGAAAAAGCACUUGCAUUAUCAACAAGAAGUGUGAGCACUUAUGCUGGUCUUGCGUAUAGUUACCACUUGCAGGAUGAUUUCACUACAGCAAUUGCUUAUUAUCACAAAGCAUUGUGGCUGAAACCGGAUGACCAGUUCUGCACUGAAAUGUUAAGCUGGGCUCUAGUUGAUGAAAGUCGAAGGAGCAUUGACCCAAACUUCAAUUUCGGUGAAGUUUGAUUUGAAUAUGAUGGUGCAACUUCAUGUACUCUUCUGCAAUAUGGGUAGGUAUGCUAUGUACAGGCCACCAAGUAUAGAUCAACCUAUCUAUAUGGUAAGCAUUACUAUGUACAGGCCCCAAAAUAUGUAUCAAUUUUGUUGUAUAAUCUCCAAGUAUUAAAUAACCUCAUCCUAGGUGGACCAAUGUUAUAAAGGUAAAUGUGCUAGAAUGCAAUUAUUUAAAAUUUUGGGUUAAGUUAGACA